AUGGGUAUUUCUUCAAAAGAAUUGACAAUAGCAGGAUGCGCUGUAGCUAUAUCCGCAGGCGUUUUUCUAUACUUUUACACACGGAAAAAACAAAAAGGAAACAUGCUUAGGGUCGAAAUUCUUUCCAAAGAGUCCUUUAUAGAAAUUUGUCAAAAUAUCAGAAGUCAAUAUUCCAACAAUUAUUGGCCAGCUGUAAAAGAAUGCAGGAUUGAGCGUCGAAGAUAUUCUCCGAAAUCAGAAAAUUAUGAGCAAGCAAUAGUAAACUUUCAGAGACGAACAAAGGCCUUCCUAGAUAGUGCUACAGAGCAGGUAACCAGAAAAUAUGGAAUUUCCCACAAAAUAUUUGAAAACUCACUUCACUCCUAUGAGCGAGUAAACUCAUUGGAAAAUAAUUACUAUAAAAAUUUAUUAUACUUAUUUACCAAGAAUAGCGCACUAAGGAGCAUUUUUUGAUUGCCAGACAAUAGCUGGCUUGCCAAAUUCGUUGGCAUGCCCUAUUUUCUGGCUAACCAAAUUUAAGAAUGGCGAACCAAAAAUGCUCCUUAGUGCGCUAUUCUUGGCAAGCAGGUAUAUAAAAAAAUUUUUUGCUCGAUUGCAUAGGGAAGUCAGUAAAUUAUUAUGACUCAUUUCCAGAAAUCGCUCAAUAUUCUGAUUAGAUUAAGUUAAGUUAGUAAGGGUCUCGGAUAGUUAAUUUCAACCCUCUAUCCGGCUUGCCAACUUCAGGCUCCUCACCCUAUGUAUUGGCUUGCGCUUACACCCCUUUUUGUCGACAUCAGAAGUCACCAUCUUUUAGAGACGCACCUAGGUACUUUCUUGGACAACUCCAAGUAGUCGAUGACAACUCUACUUGAGGAUAUGAUGCUAGAAGACGUGCCGAAUCCUCAUUCUGGUCCCAUUCCCAUUCGCAUCCAAAAGUGUGAAGUAGUCUUUGUGGACUUUGGUCUCUUGCUAUGAUGGAUAAAAUCUACUUCAUGGAGCCCAGACGAGGAGAAAACCCCACCCUGAACACUAUUUUCAGUCCAUUACUUCUCCUUUCCCAAUCAGAUUUGGCUUCAGGCCUCAUCAAAGUCCCCAAACACAGAAAUUUCCAGUAGAAGAUGGUUGUUACGGUUGUCAUUUUAUCUUUUGUUCAAUAUUCUGAAGAACUUGUAAAGCCUGCAUAUACUGAGGAGAUAAAAUCUGAUCUUACUGUAAACCAAGUCCGAGAUGUUAUGAUUUAUUAUUCAAACCGCUUUAAUGAAUUAAAUGCAGAUUAUUUAGGAGAUUUUGAAGAUUAUUAUAUAGUAACAAGCCAGAUUGAAGACGAAAUUUAUAAAAAGUAUAAGAUAGAGGUAGAAGAACUUAAUAAUGAAUACGAAAAAUAUAAAACAGAGCUUGAGGAUAUUGUGGAGCCGAUGAAAACGCAAACUUCUUAUAUUUUAGCUUCAGCUGAUGACUCUUUUGAAGGCUACAAAUAA